AGAAAAAGACAACUGAGGGGGAAAAAACUAUCAAGUACACCGACAUCUUCAAGCCCAUACCUGGAAAAGACAUCAUCAGAAGAGUGAUGACAAAGGGAGUAGCAGGAAUUGGGAAGACAGUCUCUGUGCAGAAGUUCAUUCUGGACUGGGCUGAAGGAAAAGCCAAUCAGGAUAUUCACUUCCUGCUUCCUGUGCCUUUUCGGGAGAUAAAUCUGAUGAAAGAAAAGGAAUACACUCUCAUGGAAUUCAUUCAUCACUUCUUCAGUGAAACAACCGACCUUAUCUUCUCCACGGAUGAAAAAUACAACAUUGCCUUCAUCUUUGAUGGUCUGGAUGAAAGUAGGCUUCGUCUGGAUUUUGAACAUAAUGAAGACAUCCGCAAAGUAUCAGAACCUGCCUCAGUGGACAUCCUUCUGACAAACCUCAUCAAAGGGAAUCUGCUCCCCUCUGCUCAAAUAUGGAUCACCUCCCGACCAGCAGCAGCCAGUCAGAUCCCAUCUGACUGUGUGGACAAGGUGACAGAAGUGCGGGGUUUCACUGAUCUGCAGAAGGAGGAAUAUUUCAAGAAAAAUAUUGACGAUCAAGAAAAGACCAGCAAAAUCAUCACACAUCUGAAGUCAUCCAGGAGCCUCUACAUCAUGUGCCACAUUCCAGUCUUCUGUUGGAUGGCAGUCACUGUUCUGGUGUCUAUCCUGACUGAAGGUAAGAGUGAUGAUUUUCCAGCUUCGUUGACCCAGAUGUACAUAUACUUCCUCAUCAUACAUGCCAAGCACAUAAGUCAGAAGUACAAAGUUACCUGUAACAAAGACACAGACAUCUGUGAUCAGAAUGCCAUUCUGUCCCUGGGCCGACUGGCUUUCCAGCAGUUGGAGAAGGGCAAUCUUAUCUUCUAUGAAAAGGACUUGAGAGAGUGUGGCAUGGAUGACAAAGAGGCCUCAGUAUACUCAGGAGUGUGCACCCAGAUCUUCAGGGAGGAGUCCGGGCUGUACCAGAAGAAAGUGUUCUGCUUUGUUCAUCUGAGCAUUCAGGAGUUCCUUGCAGCUUUAUAUGUGUUUUUGAACUUCAGAAGGAAGUCUGUAAAGCCUGUAAAGUCUGUAAAGUCUGUGUUUCUGAACUUCUUCAGAAGAGAGAGGGGCACCUCUCAGCUUCAAUCACUGCUAAGUGCUAACAGACUCCAUGAACUACACCAGACUGCAGUGAAACUGGCUUUAAAGGACGAACAUGGACACCUUGACCUUUUCCUGAGGUUUCUUCUGGGCCUCUCACUGGAUUCCAACCAGAAACGCCUAGAAGAUCUUCUACCACAAGAGGGACACUGCUCACUGGACACAAAGAAAACAGUCACAUACAUCAAGAAGAAGAUCAGAGAAGCUCGAAACCCAGAGAGAUGCAUCAACCUGUUCCACUGCCUGAACGAACUGAAUGACCAGUCUCUGAUGGAGGAAGUCCAGGGUUACCUGCAGAAGGCAAAAGAAGAAAGAGAGGAUCUCUCUCUUUCCCAGCUGUCAGCUCUGGCCUUUGUGAUGCUCAUGUCAGAGCAGGACGUGGAGGAGUUUAACCUGGUGGAUUAUGGAUCUAAUGCCAGAUCAGAUGCAGGUCUACUGGUGAUGCUGCCAGUGGUGAAAAUCUCAAGAACAGUAAAGCUGGGGUUGUGUGACCUCACAGACAGCAGCUGUUCAUCUCUAGCUGCAGCUCUCAGAUCAAACUCCUCCAGUCUGAGACAUCUGGACCUGAGUGAGAAUGAACGACUGGGUGAUUCAGGAGUGACGCUGCUGUCUACUGGACUGGAGUAUCCAAACUGUAGACUGGAGACACUGGAGCUACAAAUGUGUAACCUCCAAGACAGCAGCUGUUCAUCUCUAGCUGCAGCUCUCAGCUCAAACUCCUCCAGUCUGAGACAUCUGGACCUGAGUAAGAAUAGGCAACUGAGUGAUUCAGGAGUGAAGCUGCUGUCUACUGGACUGGAGCAUCCAAACUGUAGACUGGAGACACUGGAGCUGCGAUGGUGUGACCUCACAGAUAGCAGCUGUUCAUCUCUAGCUGUAGCUCUCAGAUCAAACUCCUCCAGUCUGAGACAUCUGGACCUUAGUAAGAAUAAACAACUGGGUGAUUCAGGAGUGAAGCUGCUGUCUACUGGACUGGAGCAUCCAAAAUGUAGACUGGAGAUACUGAAGCUUCAGUAUUGUUACCUCACAGAUAGCAGCUGUUCAUCUCUAGCUGCAGCUCUCAGCUCAAACUCCUCCAGUCUGAAACAUCUGGACCUGAGUGAGAAUUUGCAACUGGGGGAUUCUGGAGUGAAGCUGCUGUCUAUUGGACUGGAGCAUCCAAACUGUAGACUGGAGACACUGGAGCUGCCGUGCUGUAACAUCACAUCAUUAUCCAAGAUCCGGUUCCGGAUCCGGCAGGAUAAUAGGGUUUUUCACAGGAUCCGGAUCCGGUUCCAGGAUCCAGGAUCCGGUAGCCGAGGCUUUUCAGUCAAAACAGUUUGAGCCAACGUGACA